AUGACUGAGCCAACAAAACUCAUCUAUCAACAUGAUGGAGAAAAGCUUCUUCAUCCCUCCAAGAUUCUUUCAAUUGUCCCAUUGCCAGAACUCCCGGCACUGGACCAAGCCCUUGCAAAAGACUCAUCUGAAAUAGAGCAUGCCGUUAUCACAGAUUCCACCAUCUUCUACGUCCAAGGAGGUGGCCAGCCCGCAGACAUCGGAACCAUGAAGUCCGAUGCAGCUACGAAAGCAGGCUCUGUUUUCGAAGUCAAGUCGGUUCGUCAGCCAGCACAGGGUAGUCAAAUCCUCCACUUAGGCCGUUUCAUUCCUCCGGGGGCCACCGGGUUUGAUGCGGGUGAGGAAAUUCAACAGAGAGUCGAUUCUGAAAUUCGCAGCCUGCAUUCUCGUCUUCAUACUGCAGGCCAUGUCAUGAGUCUGGCAAUCCACGCCCUGUGCCGAGAGGGCAUUCUGCCUCCGCUGAAGGAGUCGAAGGCAUCACACUACCCCGAUUCUGCCAGUGUCGUGUUCGAAGGAACAAUUGAUGGAAAGCAUAAAGAUGCCAUUCAGGCAAAGACGGACGAAUUUGUCCGAUCGGCCAGCCCUGUCAUAAUUCAUUGGUGGUCGAUGGAAGAUUUGCGAGAGAAGUGCUACGGUGUUACAGAAGCGUUCGAGUUGCCGGAGGGAGAGGUUAUGGGUCGAGUUGUUGAGAUGGAGGGUCUGGGAAGUUAUCCCUGUGGUGGAACGCAUGUUCGGGAUUGCAGUCAAGUGGGGAAGAUUGUGGUGAAGAAAAUAUCGCGUUCCAAGGGGACAAGCAGGGUGUCUUAUACAGUAGAAUAG